GAGAACAAAGAUUCCCACUCUACUCUCUUCUUUUCUCAGCUCAAAAAGCCAAAACCAUUAAAAUAAUAACCAAUAAAUAAUAAAUAAAAUCCUUUUGUUUUUUUUAAUUAUUAUUUUCCGUCAAUUUUAAUGUGAAAAACACGAAGAAGAAGAAGGUUCCUCUUCAAUGGCGGGUCGAAGAGACGCGUUGCUGAGCAAAGACAAAGCCCACUCCUCCCUCUUCUUCAGAUCUCCGAUCGCCGCCGCCGUCCUCGUCGGCGUUAUCGUCGGCUGCGUCUUCGCAUUCCUCUUUCCGCAUGGCCUCUUCUUCGGUCCUCAUCAUCGCAAACUCAAAACUCGAAUUUCACAUCCUCAGAUGGUUUCGUCUGUGGCGUGUGUAUUGCCGGAACAAGUUAAUGUGCUGAAAACCGAUAUUCUGGCUGCGAGGGAGAAGAAUUCUGAGCUCAAGAAACAGGUCAGGAGUCUAAUGGAGAAGCUGCGGAUGGCGGAGCAAGGAAAGGGUCAUGCACUGGAGCAGGUUGUUGUGCUAGGUGAGAAGCACAAGGCUGGGCCUUUUGGCACUGUCAAGGGUCUCAGGACAAAUCCAACCGUGGCUCCGGACGAAUCCGUGAAUCCAAGAUUGGCAGAGAUCUUGAAGGAUGUUGCUAUUUAUAAAGAACUUAUAGUUUGCCUUGCAACCUACAAUGUGAAGGAAAUGUUGGAGCUCUGGUUUACCAACAUCAAGAAGGUUGGCAUACCUAAUUAUUUAGUAGUCGCCUUAGACAGUGAAACCGAAGAAUUCUGCAAAUUGAAUGAUGUUCCGGUAUAUAGAAGAGAUCCGGAUAAAUAUGUUGAUUCAGUCGCCAAGGCAGGUAAUAACCAUGCUGUCUCUGGACUGAAAUUUCGUAUUCUAAGAGAAUUUUUGCAGCUGGGUUAUGGUGUUAUUCUCUCGGAUGUUGAUAUUGUAUACUUGCAGAACCCAUUUGAUCAUCUUUAUAGAGAUUCAGAUGUGGAAUCAAUGUCUGAUGGCCACAAUAACAUGACAGCCUACGGUUAUAAUGAUGUCUUCGAUGAACCUUCGAUGGGUUGGGCGAGGUAUGCUCAUACGAUGAGAAUAUGGGUUUACAACUCUGGUUUCUUUUACAUAAGGCCUACUAUUCCAUCAAUCGAGCUCCUAGAUCGUGUCGCUACCCGGCUUUCCCUGGAUCCAAAAGCAUGGGACCAGGCCGUUUUCAACGAAGAGCUCUUUUUCCCUUCGCAUCCUGGUUAUGAUGGAGUUUAUGCAGCCAAAAGAACAAUGGAUAUGUACCUUUUUAUGAACAGCAAGGUUCUGUUCAAGACAGUUAGGAAAAACAAUUCACUUAAGAAGUUGAAGCCGGUGAUUGUACAUAUUAACUACCAUCUAGGGAAUCAUUUUACUUCACCUACCAAGAUCAGUUUUAUCUCCAUGAGUGCGUUGGUUUCAGUUUUACUCAUUGGAAUGUUAAUUCAAUAG